AUGAUGAAUAUUGUUGCAAUGAUCUUUGCAUUUGGGACAAUAGUCGUAGCCCAUUUGUUACCCUAUGGAUUUACAUAUGCCACUACGACAUUCAUGAACUUUUCAAAACCCAAAGGAACACUUAAAACCAUCAAGAGUGACAACGGAGAUGUUAUCGAUUGCAUUGAUAUCUACAAACAAAUCGCUUUCGAUAAUCCAUUGAUUAAGAGUUUGCAACUCAAUCUAUACUUGGACAAGCAGGGCUGGCAUAGAAAUGGCAAAUGCCCAUUUCAAACAGUCCCUAUUCUAAGAACCCUUAAGAAUCAAUUUAAGUCGUUUCAGCCAUUUCCAGCCAUCAAAUAUGCUGACUUUAAGAAGCAUGAGCAUGCAGCGGUAUGGAAUAAGAAAGGAGAAUACCAUGGAACUUCUGCAAAAUUCAGUGUUUCGAAUCCUCGAACUGAGAAAAAUGAUUUUAGCUUAUCGCAACUUUGGCUUGCAUCUGGGCUUAACACAUUGAAAUUAAACUCCAUUGAAGCCGGUUGGACAAGAGAUUCCUAUGGCAAAACAGGAUGUUAUAACCUAAGAUGCCCUGGCUUCGUGCAAACAAGCCAAACUUUUGCCCUCGGCUCUCCCCUAGAAUUACCGAUUUCCACACAUGACAAGAAAUCGAGCGACAUACAAAUUUCUAUCUAUAAGGUCUUGUUCGAUCUGGAUUAUUCGGAUAACUAG